UCUCCCAGUUCCUCCAACAGCUUCAUCUGACUCUCUUGUCUUCGUUCCAUCUUCUCAAAGAAGCAGAUUCAUCUUCAGCCAUGGCUCACUGUGGCCCAUCCUGUGCCGUCCCAUCCUGUGCUUCCACCCCCACCGUUGGGUUUGGAUCUGCAGCUCUUGGUAGACGCGGAGGUCUUGGCUACGGAUUGGGAGGUCUUGGCUACGGCUAUGGAGGUCUCGGCUACGGCUAUGGAGGUCUCGGCUACGGCUAUGGAGGUGCCGAAAGAGCAGCCAAUCUGGGUGUCCUGGACGGAGUCAUCCCUUCAUGCGUCAACCAGAUCCCACCAGCAGAGGUCGUGAUCCAGCCACCUCCCAGUGUCCUGACCAUCCCAGGGCCCAUCCUCUCUGCCAGCUGUGAGCCUCUGUCUGUUGGAGGCAACACUCCAUGUGCUGUUAGUGGUUCUGGAAUCGUAGGGGGUUAUGGCUAUGGUGGGUGGGGCUAUGGGUCUGGCCUCCUUGGAAGCUCUGGGGGCUGGGGCUAUGGUUUGGGCUAUGGAAGGGGAGCACUCCUUGGAAGGAAGUUCGGGCGUCGUGGUAGCAUCUGUUCUUAGGCCAAUUAAACCUAAGAAGCAUAUCCUGAACUGAUAUCCAGGGAACUUGAUAUAGAUCCAUUUGCUAAGGUUUAGAAGACCUGCAUCCAAGCAAACCGCUGCUGAAGCUGAAGCCUCUUAAUUCCCCCCUCUGUAUUAUGAAGUUGAGAAGACCAAGAACCUUCUACAAUAUGCACCUUUUUUGCCUAUUGUACAACUAUCCUUUCUUUUUCUUUGACCUUUUCAAUAAA